AAGCCAAAGCCGUGCGCAAAUACUACGACGACGCUGAUGGCUGAUACGACCGACACGACGGGAAGAUUGCAGCUCUGGUGAACUUGUAACGCCUGUAGUUUUGUGUUCCUUUGCAGCAGCGUGACAAAAUGAAUAUCUUGCCGAAAAAAAGCUGGCAUGUUCGCACGAAGCGAAACAUUGACCGUGUACGCAAGGAUGAAGCGCUUGCAGCUCAAGAGGAGAAAGAACUCCAAAGGAGGAUUCAACUUGCGGAGUCAGAAGCCCGGAUCAACUUUUUGCGUGGAAAAUUGAAGGGGGACAGCCAAGAACAGUUAGACCUUGGGAAAGCAGCAACUGCUGAGGUUGUGACAGAUUUGACGUCAGGUGGCCAUUUCAAUUUCUUCAAAGAUGUGGAAAAGGCUGAGCGAAACCUGCAUUCUAAAAAUGAAGAUCGUGAGAAAGAAAAGAAGGCUGAGCAGGAAGACUAUGAGAAAAAAAUAGGGCUUCUCACAUAUUUGGGACAGAGCUCAAGUGAAGCCUCUGGGAGCAAACCAUGGUUUGCAAAGUCGCACGAAGACCGCUUGCAGCUCCAUGAAAAGUCAGAAAAAGAAACAAAGGAUGUCAAAAUCAAAGACCACAUGGACCCACUGCAUCUCAUGAAGCGCUACGUCUCCUUGAAGUAUGGCUUGAAGGAAAACGGUCAGAAGAUCAAGAAACUAAAUCAAAUUGCACAGCAAACAGAAUUACAUUCGAAGAAAGUGAAGCGCCUGGAUAAGCCACUGGAACAGCUGCGCGCUGAGAGGUUGGCUCGUGAAAAGGCAGAGCGGGCAAGAGCAGAGGAAGUCCUUCGAAGAGCUCGGGGAGAGCUGCCAGUUCAGGACAAGUCGCACGAUGUCAUCUUGGAUGAUAGGCGACGUGGCUACAACUCCCAGUACAACCCACAUUUAGCCAAGCGUCCCCAGUGACUUGUUUGAAUUUGCACCUUCACUGAGUGGACUGUGUAAAUAGGUGAUGUUGGGGGGGGAGGGGGCUGUAUUGAAGAGACUGAAAAUACUACAUUAAGAUACAGCUUCAGUGUACAGUGUGCACGAGUAAUAGCCACAUGUUUAAAUGCUUACAAGUGGUGUUGCACUGUAUUGUGUGCUGUUCGCAGGGAAUCCAUUCUAUAGCUGGUAUAUUGAUUGGUAUGCUUAGUGCAAGCCACUGUUUUUAUCUUUCAUUAAGCUUUCUUGAAGCCAAGGUCAAAUACAGUUGAACCUGCAUAUAUAGAACUUGCUAAAAACGGGAAUUAGCACGACGCUCUUCCUUUCGAACAGCGCCUUGCUUAGAGUCUACCACGUGAGCAUCCCUACCAUAUCUUCAGCCAUCGCUAACUUGUUUUUCGUUUGCGUGCUCUGUUCCUUUUUCUGUCACUUGCUAUGUUUCUUUCUGUUGUUUAAAUAUGUUGAGUGUUUGGUUGUGUG